GCUUCCUUGCUACAGAUAAAUCUCCUUGAUAGGGUGUCCGCACUGGCUGUGAGCGCUACGCCGGUUUAUGGAGGUCGAGUAGGUCAACAGGAAAGCUGUGUUAGAGUAACUAUAGAGCCAGAUAAAUAACCGGUUAGAUAUAAUAACACUGCUCUGCAUUGUGGAGGAGGGAGGGGGGGGCUUGUAAAUAUCCCGCCAGUGCUAGUGCUAGUAACCCAGACGCUAACCGAAAGUGUCAUCUACCUAGAUUAAAAGUCUCGGGGCAGUGACAGGUGUGCAGCGAAGUUGCAGUGUUGGGAUUGAGGGAGCCCUCUUUAGUUAACCUUAGGUCACACUCAGUCCGUCUACAGCCGGGUGACGUGAAGGAGCGGUGAUGGACUUCGUUGCUGGAUGCAUCGGAGGCGCUGCUGGAGUCUUGGUUGGACACCCAUUUGACACAGUCAAGGUGAGACUACAGGUCCAAAGUGUUGAUAAGCCUCUGUAUCGUGGGACCUAUCACUGUUUCCAGUCCAUCAUACGGCAGGAGUCGGUAUUCGGCUUGUAUAAAGGCAUUGGAUCCCCCAUGAUGGGCCUUACAUUCAUCAAUGCUAUAGUGUUUGGUGUUCAGGGAAACACCAUGCGGCUGCUGGGACAUGACACCCCCAUGAACCAGUUCCUUGCCGGUGCAGCAGCAGGUGCCAUCCAGUGUGUCAUCUGCUGCCCCAUGGAGUUGGCUAAAACCCGCAUGCAAAUGCAGGGUACUGGAGAGAAGAAAUCCUCCAGGAAGCUUUACAAGAACUCCCUGGACUGCUUGGCACGGAUCUACAAUCGAGAGGGUCUGCGGGGUGUAAACAGAGGUAUGUUGACCACACUUAUCCGCGAGACACCUGGCUUUGGAGUGUACUUCCUGGCGUACGAUGUGUUGACGCGCAGCCUUGGCUGUGAACCAGAUGACCGAUACAUGAUCCCCAAACUGCUGUUUGCCGGAGGCAUGGCUGGCAUCGCCUCCUGGCUUUCCACCUACCCCGUGGAUGUGAUCAAAUCACGGCUGCAGGCAGAUGGGGUGGGUGGAGUCAACCAGUACAGCAGCAUUGCUGACUGUGUACGACAGAGCGUCAGGAGAGAGGGCUACAUGGUGUUCACGCGAGGCCUCACCUCCACACUGCUACGGGCCUUCCCUGUGAACGCAGCUACCUUCGCCACCGUCACCCUGAUCCUCUUGUACGCACGGGGGCAGGAGGAAGGACCUAAAGACUGUGAGGCGGCUCAGCCAAGCCACCACACACAGAUACAGCAGCAGGGCCAGCCCUCCAGCAUGUGACAGCACAGGGGGCCUCACCCUCAACAUGGGCACUUUAAAGCAUGGGAAGACAAAAUAUACAUCCAUACAAACCCUUUAUUACUGUCAGACCAGUCAUUCCCAAUUUUGAGUAACAAUACUGGGUUUAUAUAAACUUUCAUGUCAGAAAGGUUCAUCCUAUGUUUAUUUGCAGCAAUAUUUAAGUUUCAGGUUUGCCUCUGAAGAUGCAGACUUAUAACGGGGUGGUGUUACCUCUAAUAAGAGGGGGGAAUUUGAGCUAUGAGAUUUAUGAAAGUUUGUGGAGUAGCAGCAAAGCGGAUGGAGUGGUUAGGUAGUCCGUACUGUCGACACUGAACAUCCCCUCUCGAUUACACACUGUGUAUCUUGAAAUGUGCAGUGUUUAACUGCACCUGUAUAUAUCACUGACUUUCUUCUUUUUUCUUUUUUUUUUACUAUAUAUUGGAAAUGUUUUUCCUGCCUUAUAUUUGUAAAAGAAGACAACGCACCUGUUUGUCCCUGAACUGUAACCUCUGAAGAGCUAAGUAAGAAGGAAUGUAGCAUUUGGUAAGUGUCCAGAACUUAUCGCUUGUGCUUUCAGUCCAAGACACAUUGCAGCUAUUAUCUAAUCAUCACUAAAGCACUAUUAGUCCAAGCAGUAUAUGUCAGCACUUCUAUUCAGCAAAACUCCAGUGGUCUGAAAGGCUCUUCAGGAUUGUAGAUGGCACUGUAUUUAUGUCUUGUUUGGUUGUCUGGCAUGUUGUGUUUUACCAAGUAAUUUUAUCAUUGUGACAUGACUACUGUAUUGAAGACCUGAUCCAGAGGUGGAACGUGGCACUACAUGUGGCACCGUACCUUUUUACUUUAUUUUUGGUACAUUUUGGUUUUUAGUUAUUUUUUAAACAUAUAUAUUAAAAAGAAUAUAUUUGAAAGCUGGACAUGACCUAGUUAUUGCAGUAAUGUCAUUGAAAGUCAUAGAUAAUGCUAGAUGCUCCUUUCAAACAAAAAAGAGGGGCCAACAAAUAUGCUAAUAUUUGGAAUGACCCUCAUUAAUUACAGUCUGGUCAUAUUUAACUUGUCAAAUGUGUAACCCAUAAUAUUACCCCCAGGGGUGCGUUUCGGUGAUCUGUUGCAGUCUGAGAAUGUUUCAGGCUUGGGUAAAUUUGGAUAAAAUUGAUCCAGCAACAUUUGUACCCAGAAGCAUUAAGACUUUUUUUUGGCAUUAGACAACCUGCAGUAUGAGAAGAUGGUUGCUAAAAACUAAAACUAUUGCUUUAACAACAAAACAAUAUGAGUUAGAGAGGCUCUGAAAGCCAACUUUUAAAAAGAGAUUGUUUUACUUUUGGUUUAUUGAGCAAAAAGACGUGUGUUAAGUUUCCCUGUGGAAGAUUUUUUAAGGUUUUGUUCCUCUUAACUUGUCUGUACCAUAUACUUUAAUGGCUUUAAUUAGACUUAUUUAUUUUCAAAGUUACUGUAUUAUCUCAAUAAUGUACAGGUCUUGUUAAUGAGUGGGAAUUGUCUGCUUUCUGCAUGUGUGGUCAGUAUCAGAUGACUUUAAAUCUUCUGCCUGAAUGUACAAUGUUUUUGCUAUAAACGCAAUCAAAGUUUCUCUGGUACAAAUUCUAAUGUUCCCAGUUCCCAUCGAAGCAGUAAAUCGUCAGUACAGCUAAUGGAUCUGUUCACCUGAAUGCUUUUCUGAGCUUUUCCUGAAGUUGUAAAUGCAUGGGACAAAUCAAACUACUGUCAUUUGUGUAGGAGCAAGAAGUCACAUAUGCACUAAAACCUUCAGUGUGUUGAAUGUAUUACACCAGUGUUCACUCAUGGGUGUCUGUAACACAAAGAGGAAGCGAUUUCUGGAAUUUCUUGGACUCUUGUUUCAAUUUAAACAUCAUUAAUUUGUACAACUCAACGCUGCUGAGAGAAACCCCCAAAGUUUUGUAUUCUGGUUUUGGUGGUGGGUGAUGAGGACAACUGAAAGUGACAAAAGUACAAAGGGAUAUUUGGUAUGUUUGAAGUUGCUUGUUUCAGUCUCUUGAACAGUGACUGUUAACGUCUCACUGUAAGGUAGAUCACACCUGAAGCUUUUUGACGGUAAAUAUUUAGUCCAGCUGAUGUGAAAGAUGCAGUGUGUACAGGAUGUAACUCUAAUAAUGUGAAAACAUUUUGAAGUGUUGAUGUAAAUAUAUAACAUAUAUUUUUCAGUCUAAAGUAGUUGUUUGCUGCCCUGAAUGUCUGAGUUUGAGCAGUUCUUAAAGUCUAUUUGACCAGUUUGAGUUUGCUGUUAUGCUAAAAAGGAUUUCAGCAGAAAAACUGAGACAUGAUAUUUUUGUAACAGUCAGAUAUAACCUGUUUGUUGCGGAUCUGUACAAAUGGGUAAAUAAAAAUGAGAAUUCA